UAUGUAAUAAAUGAAGUAUUUUGUAAGAUGGGUAGUGUGAAAAAAAUGAACUUUUCAAAGUUUUGUGUAUAAAUUUUUUGAGUUAUUGAGUAAAGUUUGAGUCUUCGUAAAAAAAAUCAAGAAAAGAAAAAUAUAUAAGGAAACAAACAGCUUCAUUGUCAUCUCAAUAACACACUGAACCCUUUUUAGUUAUUCUUGAAAAAGGUAAAUCAAUUUUCCCAUUCAUUCCUUUCUUUCAUUUUCUCAUCAAUCAAAUCUUUACUCUUUUGUCUCUUCCUUUUGUUCAAACUUGGGUCUCUCUCUAGUUGCUAAUAUUGAACUUAUUUUCCUCUAUGUGACUUCUUGAUCCAUGUACAAGUUCAAGAAGAUAUUGGUUGUGGAUGCCACUUAGGUUUUUAUUUUAUUGGGAUUAAGAUUGGUUUAUAAAAGAAUGGUCUUUUGUGUUGAUUGAAGGGGAAAAGAUUGAAUCUUUGGACAUAUUGUGGUGAUUGAAGUGAAAAAAGAUUGAAUCUUUGGACACCAUCAUUGCUAACUUUCCUUCAAAGGUUUAUCUGUUUUCCUGGAAUGCAUGAAAUUUUCUUGUGAAUGGGAGUGAGUAGUUUUAACCAUGGAUCUCCGGGAAGAAAGCUCCAGAUUUGGCUCAUUACCAAGCACAACAUCAAGAAACCUUUCUUCUUCAUCGUCGACUUUCUUUUCUGCGAACCAGUCGCCAUUCUUCUCUCCUAGAUCACCCAAGUCCCUGGUAUCAGCAUGCUCGGAUAAUCAAUUUCGUGAUAGUGAUGUUACCUCUGCUGCCUUAGAUGCUAGUUUGGGCAUUUUAGGUCCAGAAUCAUUUGCAAAUGCUAGAUUGUCAGAUGCUUAUCCUGUUGCAUUAGCUAGUGCCGCGAAUGAUCUCCAGAAGUUGGAUUUUGUAUCUUCUUCGACGUCAAAUUCUAAGAGCACUAUAGCGAGUUAUAAUGUUGGACCUGAACAUGAAUAUUUGCGACCUAAAGGAAAGCAGAAAAAGAGUGGAAGGACGCAGGAAACUUGUGUUACUCCAACAUCGACUUCCUCCCUAUCCAACAGAGUGAGGAGCUGUGAUGUGUACAUUGGUUUUCAUGGCCGCAAACCUUUACUGCUCAGAUUCAUGAAUUGGCUCCGUGCUGAGCUAGAAAUCCAAGGUCUUAGUUGCUUUGUUACUGACAGAUCAAGGUGCCAAAAUACUAGAAAGCAUGGCAUGGUUGAGAGAGUAAUGGAUGCUUGUACAUUCGGAGUUGUGAUCUUAACCAAGAAAUCAUUCAGGAAUCCAUAUACCAUAGAGGAGCUGCGCUUCUUCGCUAGCAAAAAGAAUUUGGUACCAGUGUACUUCGAUCUGAGUCCAGAGGAUUGCCUUGUGCGAGAUAUAAUUGAGAGAAGAGGAGAGCACUGGGAAAAACAUGGUGGUGAACUUUGGCUACUUUAUGGGGGAUUGGAGAAGGAGUGGAGAGAUGCUGUCAAUGGUCUUUUGCGUGUCGAUGAGUGGAAGCUAGAGGCUCAUGAUGGCAAGUGGAGGGAAUGCAUAUUGAGGGCUGUAACUCUAUUGGCCUUAAGAUUAGGGAGGCGAAGUGUUGUGGACAGACUAUCCAAGUGGAGGGAGAAGGCAGAAAAGGAGGAGUUUCCUUUCCCUCGAAAUGAGAAUUUUGUCGGCAGAAAGAAGGAGCUAUCUGAGCUUGAGUUUCGGCUUUUUGGUGAUGUUAGUGGGGAUGCAGAGAAAGACUAUAUUGAACUAAAGGCUAGACCCAAGCGAAGGAAUUUGACAAUUAGUUGGAGUCGGAGUAAUUCAAUCAACGAAAGACGGUUAGAGCGUCCUAGUGACAACAAAAGGAAAGGGAAAGAGCCAGUGACAUGGAAGGAAUCUGAGAAAGAAAUUGAAAUGCUAAAUGCUGAAGUUUCUCAAACCCAACAGCAUGCACCAAAACCGAGGAACUCUAAGAAACAUGGAAGGCGAAACAACUCCUUGAAAGUUGUCUAUGGAAAGGGCAUUGCUUGUGUGUCUGGGGAACCAGGAAUUGGCAAGACAGAUCUACUGCUUGAGUAUGCUUAUCAAUUCCAUCAGCGCUACAAAAUGGUCCUUUGGAUUGGAGGUGAAAGCAGAUAUGUUCGACAAAACUACUUGAACUUGUGGUCGUUUUUAGAAGUUGAUGUCGGGGUAGAAAAUUCACCUGAUAAAAGCAGGAUUAAGAGCUUUGAGGAGCAAGAAGAGGCUGCUGUAGCUAGGGUUAGGAAAGAACUCAUGCGAGACAUUCCAUUCUUGCUGAUAAUUGAUAACUUGGAGAGUGAAAAGGACUGGUGGGACCAUAAACUUAUAAUGGAUUUGCUUCCCCGUUUUGGGGGUGAAACACAUGUUCUCAUAUCCACGCGCCUCUCUCGGGUUAUGAAUAUGGAUCCUAUCAAACUCAAUUAUCUGUCGGAGAUUGAGGCAAUGUCUUUGAUGCAGGGUGCUGUGAAGGAUUACCCGAUUGCUGAAAUUGAUGCCUUGCGAGUUAUUGAGGACAAACUUAAAAGACUGACACUUGGCCUUGCCAUUGUUGGAGCAAUUCUUUCUGAACUUCCUAUAAAUCCUAGUAGGCUUUUGGAUACCAUCAAUCGUAUGCCUAUGAAGGAAAUAAUCUAUAUUCGUCGGGAAAACCAUCCACUGAGGCGAAACAAUUUCCUUUUGCAACUUUUUGAAGUUUGUUUCUCAAUAUUUGACCAUGCUGAUGGACCAAGAAGUCUAGCAACAAGAAUGGCCCUUGCAAGCGGUUGGUUUGCUCCAUCACCUAUUCCAGUUUCUCUAUUAGCUCUGGCAGCUCACAAGAUACCAGAGAAAUACCCACGUCAGAGGAUGUUGAAGAAAGUUUUAUGCUCUUUAACUUGUGGUUUCACAUCAUCAUAUGCUAGAAAAUCUGAGGCAGAAGCCUCUUCACUUUUGUUGAGAUUCAACAUUGCAAGGACUUGUAGAAAGGAAGGCUACAUUCAGUUCCAUCAGCUUAUCAAAAUGUAUGCUCGAAAAAGAGGGGUCACUGGAGUUGCACAAGCCACAGUACAAGCUGUUAUUACUCGCGGUUUAAUAGCCCAGCACUCUGAGCACAUAUGGGCAGCAUGCUUUUUGCUCUUCGGAUUUGGGAGUGACCCCAUGAUAGUUGAGCUUAAAGUUUCCGAAUUGUUGUUUCUUGUGAAAGAGGUGAUUCUCCCACUUGCCAUUCGAACAUUUAUUACAUUCUCACGCUGUGCUGCUGCUUUAGAACUUCUACGGCGUUGUACAGAUGCAUUAGAAGCGGCAGAUCAGGCAUUUGUCACACCUGUUGACAAGUGGUUGGAUAAAUCCCUUUGUUGGAGACCCAUCCAGACAAGUGCCCAAUUAAACCCUUGCCUUUGGCAGGAACUUGCUUUAUCAAGAGCUACAGUGCUCGAAAUCAGGGCAAAGCUAAUGUUAAGGGGUGGACAGUUUGAUAUUGGUGAUGAUUUAAUCCGGAAGGCUAUUUUCAUUAGAACUUCAAUCUGCGGUGAGGACCAUCCAGAAACCAUAUCUGCUCAUGAAACGCUCAGUAAACUUACAAGACUCCUUGCUAGUGUUCAAAAUCAUACAUCAAAUAGAAGUUAAUUGUUGUAGUUUAGCUAGAUUUAUAGAAAGUAAUUGGAAUAAGCUGGUUUAACAGUUCAAAUGAUAGCAUUUUUUUAUAUUAAUGAGCCAUACAUCUUAUUCAAAUUCUUUCCAUUUCUUUUUGAUAUGCUAAUUUCAUUUCUAUUUUUGCUUAUGAUGUUGCUAUUCUUAUCCUGCUUCCUAUUUAUUGUUGAUGGUUCAUAUGAUAUCUUUUGCUUCCGCUUGCUGUUUGUUAGAU